AUGGAAGGCAUCAGUACUACUACUGACGAACGAAAAAAGCAUUUUGUUCUAGUACAUGGUGCAUGCCAUGGAGCCUGGUGCUGGUAUAAGCUCAUUCCCCUUCUUGAGGCUUCUGGCCACCGUGUUUCGGCCUUUGAUCUCUCUGCUGCCGGCACCAACACCAAAGAAAUACAACAAGUCAUCACAUUUGCUGACUAUACUGCCCCGUUGCUUGAAUUUAUGGCCGCCAUUCCCCCAGAAGAGAAGGUCGUGCUGGUGGGCCAUAGCGUUGGUGGUUUGAGCAUUGCUAUUGCCAUGGAAAUGUUCCCAACAAAGAUCUCUCUCGCUGUAUUCGUCACUGCCUUCAUGCCAGAUACCGUAAAUAGGCCUUCUUACGUUUUCGACCAGUGGUAUGCAAGUAUCCCUAAAGAAGAUUGGCUGGAUACAAGUUUCCUCCCUUAUACGAACGACCAAAACGAAUCCGACAUCAAGUUGCUUUUCGGGCAAAAGUUCUUCUUAAAUAUGUAUCAACUUGGCUCUGAUCAGGAUCGUGAAUUAGUAAAAAUAUUGGCUAGGCCAAUACCAUUGUUUCUAAAUGACCUGCCUAAGGCGCAACCAUUCACAGAAGAAGCAUACGGUUCUGUGAAGCGGGCUUUCAUCAUUUGUGACGAAGAUAAAACCAUUAAAGAAGAAUUCCAAAGAUGGAUGAUCAAGAAUAAUCCAGUGACCGAGAUGAAAGAGUUGAAAGGUGUGGAUCAUAUGCCCAUGAUAAGUGACCCAAAGGAGCUUAGUACUUCUCUCAUUAACAUAGCCCGUGGAUAUGAUUAG